GUAAUAACAGGGUGAGAUUAAUAAAAGUUGGUUGUAAAUGGAAGAUAUUAAAAUAUACAUGUACACAUAUAUAUAUAUAUAUGAGAGAGAGAGAGAGAGAGAGAGAGAGAGAGAGAGAGAGAUGAAUAAAAAGUGAGAGUGGUGAGAUUAAGGUUACAGGUUGUGAACAUAAAUUGGAGUAGGUAGGUAGAAGAAUUAUGAGAUCAGCAGAUGAAGAUGAUGGAGGGAUCGCAGCAGCACUCCUCAACCAGGAAACAACAACACAGGCCAGCAACCACCUCCACAGUAUUACGCUGCACCUCCGCCCCAAUGUCAAGGGCCUCCACAGUAUUACGCUGCACCUCCGCCCCGCAGAGAAGCUGGUUUUCUUGAGGGAUGGAUUAAUGGAAAACAAAGCAUCAGGGUUGAGAAAAGGGGCGUGGACGAAAGAAGAAGAUAUUCUGCUAACCAAGUGCAUUGACAAGUAUGGAGAAGGGAAAUGGCACCAAGUCCCCAUCAGAGCUGGGCUGAACAGAUGCAGGAAGAGUUGCAGGUUGAGAUGGUUGAACUAUCUCCGACCGAAUAUUAAAAGAGGUUUAUUUACGAAAGAUGAGGUGGAUCUCAUUGUAAGGCUUCACAAGUUAUUAGGCAACAGAUGGUCACUGAUAGCUGGUAGACUUCCGGGAAGAACUGCAAACGAUGUGAAGAACUUUUGGAACACCCACAUGCACAGGAAAUUAUCCGGUGUUGGAGGUUGCAGAGAAAAAGCCAUGCAGAAAGAUAUCACUAAGAGUAACAUCAUUAGACCCCGACCUCGGACCUUCUCCAAAUUACAAUUGACAGCACCAGUUGCUUGGUCCAGUGAAACAAGCAAAACAAACCGUGAAAAUCCCGAGAACAAGAAGCUGAUGAUGUCUACAUCUCCAUCAUCACCGUUGAAAGACGAUGAUGCAAAUCUGAUCAAGAGCACGCAACCGCCAUCUUCAUCAUCACCAGAUGAAUGCAUUCAGUGGUGGAGCAACUUACUCGAAAUGAGUGAAAAUCGUAGGGAUGGAUUAAACACGCUUUCGCUUCCCGACGAUGGCCAGCACCAGAUGGAACCAUUGUUGUCGUCGAAUAGUUACGCCAACCAACGAGGGUUGAGUAGUUUGUCGGGAGAUGUCGACGUCUGGGAACUUGUAAACUUUCAAAAUCUAUGAUUAUUUCAUGCAAUAAAUGAUCAGAAUUGACGCUUUUGCAGGAUUUGAGAGCGAUGGUACAGUGUCUGUCUUGACUUUGUAUGACUUUUAUCAUUUAAUAGUAAUAUUAUGGUUUG